GUGUGUCUGUGUGUCUGUAGUGUUUCUGUGUGUGUCUGCCAUGUUUCUGUGUGUGUGUCUAUACAUGUCUGUGCGUCUACCUGCUGUUUCCGUUUGUCACAUUUCUGCCUGUGUCUGCUGUGUUUCUGCCUGUGUGUGUGUCUGGCUAUGUGUGUGUGUCUCGAGAGUGCACACACGGCGGUGGCCUGAGGUGUAUGUUGGUGGAAUCACUGUAACUCGUGAUCCACCGUUAACCACCAGCCACACCGCCUGGGUCCCGCCCCCUGGUCCCCUGCCGGCCCCUGUGUGAAGAAGGCUCCCUGUGUGCUCCCUGGGGGAGCCCCCACUAGAGAGAUGGGGAAACCGAGGCUCACAGGGGCCACGUGACUCAGGGCCCAAACAAGGCUGGUGGGAGUCUGGCUGGCUGGGGGAGUCCCCGCCCUGCACCCUAUGGGCUGGGGACUCUGUUGGUGUCACAAACAGGAAAUGUUCCCGGAAAUGGAGCUUUGCGGUGAGGGGAGGUGGGCCCAUUAGGGUGUGGAAUGUGUCUGCCUCCACAUCCAUGCAGGGGUCCGCGCCCAUGAGCAUUCGCGUCUGCAGCAGGCAUGGGAGGAUCUGGCCUGGUCCCUGAAGUUUCAGGCCUAAAAGAGCCCUGUGGGUCCAAGGUCCAAGGUCGACCGGGGUGACACGGAGCCUCAGGGCUCCCCCCUGGCUGCCCAGGCACCUCGCAGGGAGCUGAGCUGUGAGUACAGCCAGGAGCCCUGGAGAGGUGAGAGCCAGGGAUGCCUGGGCUGAGCACCCGCAGGCAUGGAGAUCAGCAUCUCACCCCCAUGGCACACAGCGGGGAAAGCCAAGGCUCGGCAAGGUGGAGCCCCACCCUGGCAGUGGCAGAUCGGGGACUACAGCCUCCAAGCCUGUCUGGGAGAGGCGGGAUGGGCUCAGGCCAUGACAGGCAGGCGGGGCGGGCAGGGUGGGAUGCUGAAGACAGGGGACUUGUUGAGAAACAGAUGGAUGAUGAGAGGCCGCGCUCCAGGGAGGAGGAGGAGAAGGAGGGACGGGGCAUGAGGAUGGAACAUGGAGUGGAGGAGAGGCCUGCUGUUUGGGAACCGAGGAUCACAUUCCACUGGCAACCAGGCUUGGGGGAGCCAGGCCUUUUGCCCACGCCCAGCCCAGCGCCCAGGCCUCUGGAAACAGCGCCGGACAGAGCCCUCCAAGUCACAUGACCCGCAAGCCGGGUCCCCUGUCAGGGGUGGCGUCGGAUGAGGAGGAAGUCACUGUCCGCCUUCCAGAAAGAAGCCAGGAAUUAAGACAGAGAUUUCUGGAACCCGAGACCCAGGCAAAUUCCCAUCCAAGUUGCAGGACGUCAGCCUCCUGGGAUUCUAGAAUGGUGUGCCUGAACCAGUGCCAGCCUGCCCUGUCUGCAGCAUCGGCCUGAUGGGGUGGUGACUGAUCCCGCAGGGCUCCGGAGCCAUGUGGCCCAACGGCAGCUCCCUGGGGCCCUGUUUCCGGCCCACAAACAUUACCCUGGAGGAGAGGCGGCUGAUCGCCUCGCCCUGGUUCGCGGCCUCCUUUUGCGUGGUGGGCCUGGCCUCCAACCUGCUGGCCCUGAGCGUGCUGGCGGGCGCGCGGCAGGGGGGUUCACACACGCGCUCCUCCUUCCUCACCUUCCUCUGCGGCCUCGUCCUCACCGACUUCCUGGGGCUGCUGGUGACCGGUGCCAUCGUGGUGUCCCAGCACGCCGCGCUCUUCGAGUGGCACGCCGUGGACCCCGGCUGCCGCCUCUGCCGCUUCAUGGGCGUCGUCAUGGUCUUCUUCGGCCUGUCCCCGCUGCUGCUGGGGGCCACCAUGGCUUCGGAGCGUUUCCUAGGCAUCACCCGGCCCUUCUCGCGCCCGGCGGUCACCUCGCAGCGCCGCGCCUGGGCCACCGUGGGGCUGGUGUGGGCGGCCGCGCUGGCGCUGGGCCUGCUGCCCCUGCUGGGCCUGGGUCGCUACACCGUGCAGUACCCGGGGUCCUGGUGCUUCCUGACGCUGGGCGCCGAGUCCGGGGACGUGGCCUUUGGGCUGCUCUUCUCCAUGCUGGGCGGCCUCUCGGUGGGGCUGUCCUUCCUGCUGAACACGGUCAGCGUGGCCACCCUGUGCCACGUCUACCACGGGCAGGAGGCGGCCCAGCAGCGUCCCCGGGACUCCGAGGUGGAGAUGAUGGCUCAGCUCCUGGGGAUCAUGCUGGUGGCCAGCGUGUGUUGGUUGCCCCUGCUGGUGUUCAUCGCCCAGACAGUGCUGCGGGACCCGCCUGCCAUGAGCCCCUCCGGGCAGCUGUCCCGCGCCACGGAGCAAGAGCUGCUCAUCUACUUGCGUGUGGCCACGUGGAACCAGAUCCUGGAUCCCUGGGUGUACAUCCUGUUCCGCCGCGCCGUGCUCCGGCGCCUCCAGCCUCGCCUCAGCACACGGUCCAGGUCGCUGUCCCUCCAGCCGCAGCUCACGCAGCGCUCCGGGCUGCAGUAGGAAGUGGACAGAGCACCCCUCCCGCGUGUUUCCGCGGAGCCCUGGGCCCCCUCGGACAGCCCAUCUGCCUGUUCUGAGGAUUCGGGAGCUGGGGUGCUGGAAGGACAGUGGGCGUCAGCAGCAAGGUUUUGGGGUUGACCCCAAUCCAACCCGGGGACCCCCAACUUCUCCCUGAUCCUUUUACCAAGACCUCUCCCUUCCUAGGCUCCCUUUUCCCAUCCAGAGUUCCUAGCACUUCUCUGCACCCCUCCCAACCCCAGGAAGGGCGUGGGGACGUUGGAAAAGGGUCUUGCAUAGCUUUUUUUUUUUUUGAUGGAGUCUUGCUCUGUCCCCCAGGCUGCAGUGCAGUGGCACCAUCUCAGCUCACUGCAACCUCUACCUCCCCGGUUCAAGCAAUUCUCCUGCCUC